CGUCAAUAUCUUCCUGAACUCCUCCCGCGGCAAUGUCGAGAUGGAAGACCUUAUCUUCACCACAAAAGGCCCGACAGCUGGCACCGUACUCAUUGAAUAGAACAUAGCCGCAGACACAAAAAGGUCGGUGGCCCUCUGGGACUGCCACGUCCGGGUUGGCGGUGCGACGGGCACCGAUCUGACGCCCACUGAGUGUCCGGCUGUGACAUCUGGCACCGCCCCGGGCUGCAAUGCCGCUAGUCUGAUGAUGAACAUUCAGCCAGGCGUAUUGGGAUACCUCGAGAAUGUGGCUGUGGAUAGCUGACCAUAUCAUUGAUGACUCAGGCCUGGAAGACGCCAAUGACACCAUGGUACACAACUCGGUCUACGUUGCUCGCGGCCUGCUUGUCGAGAGCACUGGGCCCACAUGGCUCUAUGGCACGUCGUCGGAGCACGCAGUAAUGUACCAAUACAACUUUCACAAUGCCGCGAGCGUCUUCGCCGCCAUAAUCCAGACAGAGUCGCCUUACUACCAGCUGACGCCCAACCCGCCUGCUCCCUUCGCCAGCUCCUUCGGCCUCUUUCCCGGCGAUCCAGACUACUCCUGUGCCGCGAGCGAUGAGUUCAGCGGUUGCGAUGAGUCGUGGGCCGUCGUGAUGCGCAGCUACGAGGAGAUCGUCAUUGCUUGCGCUAGCUUGUACUCGUGGAGGUUUUCGACCUACUCCCAAGACUGUAUCGGUGGGCAGCUAUGCCAGAAAGCACUAGUUCUUCUCAAGGGGAACCGUGCUAGCGUG